CCAUCACUGUGGCCAGUCACGUGACCCGGGAGCCCGUUUCAUGUGACCGACUCGUGACUUCCUUCCCAGUCUCAGCAGAAGCAGCGAUAUAAACAGGAAGUGUAGCAUCUUUUGGCAAGGUAUUUUAAAUAUGCCGCAUAAGUUUUCGAUGGCAUUAUUCCCACGAAACGAAUGAGUCAGUCGAAAACAAGUAUACACGUGACGCGGCAGAAUUAUAUGUUUGAAAUGUCGGGGAAAAAAAUAAAAAACCGGCCGGGUCGGCAAAAAUGAACAACUACCACUAGUAGUAGCCUAGCAGCACCGAGCAGCACGCCGUGGGGCUCCAUGAUCAUGGUAUGCAUGGCAUGUGACAUGACCUGACAGGAAUAUUAUUUUAUUUGUACUAUGUACACACACGAUGUAUAUAAAGUGCCGUUUCUAGUGCCCUAGUCUAGAGAAACCGCACCUCUCCUCGCCAAGCGCCGGUCGGUAAAAACGGGGUGUUGCCGCCCGAAGCGAUCCGAUCGAUCAGGGUUGAGUUCCGCGCGACGCGGCCGUGACGUCUGCCGCGCGAGCCACAGAGCGAGAGAGCAGCCGCGGUGUCGCCGGGGCACGAGCGAUCGGAUCACCGCGGACGACGGGCAGCACUGCCACUGGCGCGCGCCUGCUGCACGGGAACGGCGGAACGCGGCCGCGCGCGCGCGCUCUCGCGCUCCUCAACGGCGCGACGCGACACACGGGAACGGAAGCCGGAGCGCGAGGGUGCGAGCUCAGGAGCUCAGAGUCAUGUUUAAGUGAGAGAUGACUGGAGGUGCGAUGCUUUCCACCCAUACGUCCGAAAACGGACCCGAACCGAAAGACGUCAAGCAGUGGAUAAAGAGCAAGAUCGCGCUGUCGCUCAAGGCCCUGCAGAAGCGCUGUGUGACAACAGACACAGUAGUGACAAGCGAUGAUGCCGAUGCCAACCUCCUGUGCUGUGCCCUGGAAGCGGUCUUCAUCCACGGCAUCAAGAGCAAGUACAUCCGAACAGAGGUCGGGGGCCGGGGCCGCAAAGUGGGACCACGGGGACCCCUCCCUCAGCCCGUGUUCUGGACCUUGCUGAAAAGCGUCACUCAUCGGGAUGUGAUCUCGGAGCUGGAGAACCUGAACUUCAUCAACACCGAUGUGGGCCGUUGUCGGGCUUGGGUACGCCUGGCCCUGAACGACGGCCUGGUCGAGUGCUACCUGGCAUCACUAUUGCGUGAGAACUCCAAGUUAGUGGGUUACUACCAGCCCACGGCUCUUAUGCUGGACCCCGAGGAGCGAGAGGUGCUGCUGAGCUAUCUGCAGGGCUUGGGCUCUCUCACCUUCCAGUUGUCCUACAAGAGUGCCGUGCUCAAUGAGUGGACCGCCACUCCGCUUGCGCUCGCUGGUCUCUGCCCCGCCGACUCUGUGGAGCCACCGCCGCCGACUGCCGGGUCCACCUGCCCCCAAGCUCCCAAGCGCAAGGAGUCCUGGGACACUGUGUCGCAGUCUUCUGGGAGCUCAGAUGUCGUGGAGGUGCAGCGGGGACCAGGCAGGCCUGUGGUGAGCGCCGGGGGUAGGACCCAGCUGACAUCCUCGAACCUGAGUCUGGACACCACAGGCUCCUCCCAGCUGUCGUCCAGUCUGAGCUCAGACAGCUUGCUGCAGGGCAACGGCCACAAAAGCCCAGACAAGGAGCCUUGGCUCACUGACCUGGACAUCACAGCUGCUGCAGAGGAUUCUGGGAAGGCCCUACAGCAAUGUCCUGCCUUGGUAGGCUUUGCGGAAGCCACACACUUCAGCGAAGAGUCGAUGCAGGAUGAGUCUGGCCUGUCCAGCCUGCUCCCGGAACACCUGUCAGAGGUGGCGGCAUCCAGCGGCUCCGACAGCGAUCCCCAGCAGCCCCAGAGCCUCCUUGGUGAGCCUGAGCACCCUGCCCCCUGCGAAACUGCCAGAUGUGCUGCUCCAAACGAUGAGGUUCCCAACAGGGAAGCCAGUUCCAUCGCCCUCCUCAGACCCCCCCCUCAGAGGCCUGAGGUCCAGCUGCAAGCCCCUUGCCCAGAGGGACCCGUGCGACUCCAACGCUCAGAGAGCACGCUCAGCAGGAAGACGUCUGUGGAGUCGCUCCACUCGCCCACCUCCGGGUUCCCUAAAUGCAGGUCCUGGAUCUCCGAGGACGACUUCUACAAGCCUCAACUGGAAGAGGCGGCCGAGCCAGAGGAGGGGCCAUGCCCCAGCGCAGAGCAGGCCAGCGGGACUCCAUCGCCCAUCAUGGAGCUGCAGUCACCGCAGUCCCCUCCCAGUGUGGUCCACCGCAGACAAAUGGGGCUGUCGAACCCCUUCCGCGGGCUGCUCAAGCUGGGACACCUGGAGCGGCGCGGUGCCGUUGGCAUCUGGAGACGCUACUACUGUGAGCUGUCGCCCUUCGAGCUGCGCCUGUACCAGAACGACGAGGAACGCACGUGCUGCGAGAACUGCUCCUUGCUGCGCUGCGAGGAUAUUUGCACACCCACACCUGAGGGCCGCUUCGAGCUUGCCUUCCCAGGCCGACGGCUGCUGUUGCGGGCGGCAUCGCGUGAUGAAGCCGAGGACUGGGUGGACCGCAUCGUGGAAGCGGUCAACAAGUGCCGGCAGCCAGCCCACCGUGACGACGAGUGGCAGGUGCUGGAGGCUUCUGCCCCACCUCCAGACACUGCGGUGACGCCGGGAAAGUCCACGCCUCCCAGCCCCGAGCACGCAGCCCCGGAGCUGGUCGAGCUGGACUGGACGCGGCCCACCGAACCCGAGCCCGAUGCCAUCAAGGAAGCGGUGCUAUACCAGUGUGUGGACGACUGGACCUGGACACCCCUCAUCUUCUCCCUCUCGCUGGAAGCACUGAAGGUCUUCCAGGUGCGGGAGGGUCGCAAGGUGCUGCGCUUCACACACCCCAUCGAGUGUGUGCGGGAUGUGGUGCCCGAUGCCUUGCUGGGCAGCCCCGCCUUCUUCAAGGUGCUCACGGCUCGAGAGACACUCAAGCUGCGCGCCCAGAGCGAGCAGGAGGCCCGCUCCUGGCGGGGGCUCAUCAGGGGGGCCCUCGACUCGUACCUGGACACGUGUGAGGAUGCUGCCUCCGCAGGGGUUUCCAGCCAGGGGGGCAACAUACACAGGCUGGUACAGCACAGUCUGCGGGAGGACGCCACGCUCUUGCCACACCUCUACACAGUGCCCACUGAGAAAGGGCUUGACGCACAGAACUUCAAGUGUGCAGGCUGCCCCAAGCAGAUAGGUUUCUCCUUCGGCAAAGCCAGGCUGUGCGAGUUCUCCGGCCAGUACUACUGCGAGUCCUGUCACCAUGGCGACACUAUUAUCAUCCCCUCCCGCGUGGUGCACAACUGGGACCUUGUGGCACGAGAGGUGUCCCGACCUGCCCUGCGCUUGCUCGCCACUGUGGCCGUGGAGCCCCUGCUGGACCUGGAGGCCCUGAACCCAGCGCUGAGGGAACAUGCUGAGCCCAUGGCCCUGGUGCACGUGCUUCGCCAGCGGCUCCGCCUCCUCGGAGACUAUCUGCUGGCGUGCCGCAGCGGUGCCCUCAGGCGGAUCCAGCCCAGACUCGACCAGAGGAAUUACCUCCUGGAGUCCUGCAGCCUGUACAGCGUGACAGAUCUACGGCAGAUAGCAGAUGGACAGUACGAGCCCUUCCUGCACUCCCUCAUCCAGUUUGGCUCCACACAUGUCUAUCAGUGUGAUCUGUGUACGCAGAGAGGCUUCAUCUGUCAGAUCUGCAAUGCCAACAAGAUCAUCUUCCCCUUUGAGUUUGACACAACUACCAGGUGCAAAGUGUGCAAGACUGUGUAUCACUCGUCCUGCAAGGCGGAGCAGCCCUCCUGCCCACGCUGCCUGCGCCUCCAGAAGUACCUGGAGCGGGAGAUGCAGGACUGAGGGCUCCCGGAGCAGCAGUGUCACACUCUGUCGCUCUGCUUGCCGACUCUGCGUGCUCAGGCAGCACUUCCUCUUUUCCCACGCUACAGCCUCGAGAUUUGGGACGUUGGCCUACACUUAACACAUCAGACACUUGUGCACCUUGGAGUGGAGGAGCUCUCCUACUAGGUGUCAGCAACGUCAGUUCCCAGUGUGCAGUUUGCAUCUCCAGGGCACCACUUGGACUUCAGCUUGAGCUCUCUCUCAACAGCUGAGAGGUGUGGUCCAGCUGCAGCGUAGUGGACGUCUAAUGAAGGAUGUCCAGUGACUGGAGGACAAAGGUCAAUGCUCUUUUCAUUCAACUCUGUUCUUUUAGCAGAGUUUUAAAACGUAUCUUCGGAUGCAAAAAUUAAUUUUAUUUAUCCUUGCCUUAUGUUUAUCGUACAAGGAAUGUUUUUUUUCUUUGUUUUAUAUAACGUUAUUUCUAAGAAACAGUGGAGAAAAGUCCUCCACAGAUGCUCACCACUGAGAACACCUCAACAAACUUUUAAUCAGAUCAGCAUUUGAAGGAAACAUCUGCACACCUAUAUGUACUGAAGCUAUGCUUUCAGCUCUUUGUGCCUUUUUACCACGUUUGCUGUGCAGGAUGUCCAUCACGAUGUGCUCUUCAUCAUGCAGUGUUCCUGGUGAGGAAGGGUAAACCUAGCAGUGCAGAGGGUGUUUCUCUGCCUUUUCAUCGUUUGCUCAAAACACUUGUACUCUGUAUGUGGUAAAUGUGGUAAAUGCCUCUUAUGCAGUAAUAUGUGUUGUUAUUCAUCUGUGUGAAUCACAGUGGAAUGAAUGUCUGGAAAGAGUUUAUAAUAAUCAUGCCGCUGCUUUUUAAAUUUAAACCCAUUAACAGGAAGUGUCCCAGAAUGAGCAGUGAUGUUUUACAUGAGCUCUGUUCUCUCCUUCCUUCCCACUUGUGUACUGUUUUGGAGCGACACUUUCUGCUCUUGCGUGGCAGGAAUAACCAAACAUCCUGUUGAAACCACAAGCUCUCUGUCACUUAUGUCUCUCAGAUGCUACAAGCAGUGACUGUAAGCCAGUCUUUACUGAAACGUUUCAUUUCUGUACAUCUGUCCAAGCUUGUAUCCACAUGGACUGGUUUGACAGGGAUGGCAGAAGCAGUGGUGCUCUUGCACUGUACCUUUGGAGACCGUUGAGAUUUUUUCAGAGGCAGGCUCAAAACGAUUAAAUUUUGGCUGCCUGUCGGCAAGUAGAUGGGCCAAAGGACCCAAGAUUUACCUGCCUGUAGUCAUAACAGGCGAAGAUCGGACACCCCAGGUAACUGCAGGGGAUCCAAACUCGUCACCGUUGUCAGUGAGGAAGCCUUUAUGCAGAGACUUGAUGAGGCCUGCGGAAGAGCGGUGGCGUUACUUCUGUUCCUGCGUCUCCGAGCAUUCAGGAGCCAUGCAAUAGAGCCACGUGUCAGACAGGGAUGUCUGGAUGGUGGUGCUUUCUCUGGAAUCCUUGCCACACACCAGAGAGCGGCCGUGGACACUGUGGGGGCUGAGGCCGGAGUACCGACACACACUACGCUCCACUGUGAUCCCCAAAGCUCAUGUGUGACCUCAUGUCCAGGUGAGUUGUUAAACUUGCUAGGUCAAACCUGCAAGCUGGAGAUUUCAAGGCGGAGAAUGUAGGAAUGUGCCGAUGAUCUUUGGAAAGCCAUGUCUCCCUUGUAUGUUGAGGAGACGCGGGCGAACAGCAGUUUGAAGAGCUGUGUGACGGCACACUUUGAACGUAGGUGCGUUUAAGGUGCCCCCUGCUUCUGUGCGUAAAGCGAUCCGACAUCAAAAAGAUAUGUUCUUCAUGAAGAAACCCUGUGGCUUCCCAUGGGGAGGACCGUGCUUGUAAUGGAAAUCUGGCCAUGGUAUGGGUGAUGAAUUAUUUCAGAUUUUAACCACUUUAACAUUUGUUGAUAUUUUUUGUUUUAAAUUCCAGUGAGAAACAUUAUGUGUAUUGGUGUGUUAAGAUAUG